AUGUUUGCACACAGCCCAGCACAGCCAGGGCCUUCGCCCGAGUCGAAACUCUCAGCCAAGUUGGAACCGAGUAGUCUCCAACCAGGGACACGCAGGCAAUGGGGCCGCACUGCCCCCACUGAGGGCGUGCACUUCUCGACAGCGCCUCAUCCGGGCGCAGACCGAGCUGCUGAGGCUGUUGACGAUGAUGGCCACAUCGAUCGAGCCCGAGCCGAGGAAAAAGUGAAAGAUGAACUUCAAGAUGAGCAUGAGAGCCAGAGCCAGAGCCAGAGCCAGAGCGAUACUGAGGAACAGCGGAUGACCCUCUACGAUGAGAUGAAUGCCAUCGCUGCGCGCGCUCGUGAAGAAGCUCGCGCUGGAGAACGUGGUGCUUGA